AUGAUAAGGGCAAUUCCUUUGACAUGUACUGGUCACUCGCGACCGGUGACACAUUUGUCCUUCUCAGGAAUUCUAGAUAAACCUGCCACUAUCGACGGUGCUGAAGAGGGAACAUCUUAUUUAUUAAUAUCAGCCUGUAAGGAUGGCAACCCGAUGCUUAGAGAUGGGGUUACUGGUGAUUGGUUGGGAACAUUCAUAGGCCAUAAGGGCGCAAUAUGGUGUUCAAGAUUAACUGAAGAUGGGUCCCACGCAAUAACCGCAAGCGCUGAUUUUUCUGUCAUCCUCUGGGAUACUAAAACAGGUAAUGCUCUAGGAGUCUUCCCACAUGAACAUAUAGUGAGGAGUUGUGAUUUCAGAAAAAAUAAUUCAGUCGAUAUAAAAGAUGAUUCAACUGAUACAAGGCUGUUGAUAGUAACUGCUGGACAAGAAAAGAUUGUACGCAUUUGGGAUACUUCUAGUCGACGGGUACUAAAGGCAUGGGAAAUUGAAAAGCCCGUCAGAACCGUGCUAUGGCCUUGUAGAGGAGUUAUUAUUACGGUUACUAAUAGGGAUAUAACUUGGUGGAGCGUUCCCGAUUCAGAGUUGAAUUUGCAACUAUCUUCUGAUACAGACUCAACACUACCAGCUAUGUCUCAACCAGAGUUCACACAAGCACCAUCUGUUCCAACAUUAGAUCACUCAUUAUUAAAAUCAACAGUACCUCUAGAGUCGAAUCACGCAAGGGUUGUAUCUGGAUCCAGCUCAUCAUCAUCAUCAUCAUCAUCAUCAUCAAUCAUAAUACCUGCAUCAUCUGAACCUGAGUUGCCUAGAGACUCAAAGUUUCUCAAUCCAACCGCAAAAGUAACGUUAGAUUUCGAUAUAAUUGGCCAAGUAGAACACGAUGGUCAAUGGAUAAUCGUGCCUGCAGGAAAGUCGGUCCUGUUCUACCACUAUUCUACUGGAGAGCUUGUCAAGAAACUUGAUUUUGAGUAUACCGUUUCAGCAGCUAGUAUCUCAAAAGAAAAGAGCGGGGAAAGCAGAACGCUUUCGACUGGCUGUACGUCAGAUACAUGGGUCAGAUUCCAUGACUUUGAUUCUGGCAAACUUCUUGACACCGCCAAGGGUCAUCAUGGACCAGUUCAUGCCGUAUGGUACUCUCCUGACGGCUCUCUAGCAGCAUCCGGCUCCGAGGACGGAACUAUUCGACUUUGGAAGACUGCUAAGGGUAGCUACGGAUUAUGGAAUGAGAUAUAA